GGAGAGCCAUUCUCGGGCGCCAGCGGGCAGCAGUGGCUUGUCAGCCAGUAGAGCCAGCAGAAGCCAAAGCUGCAGGACUGGGCUGCGCAGGAGCUCUGCAGCCAACAGCUCCAAGCUGGGGGAGCGUUCUCACGUUUCUUUAAUACUUCUUUUUUCUUAUUAAACGCCCCUUUCCUUGGCCGCCACAACUUGGAAGAGCAGAGAGCGAUCUGAGACACUGACACAGAGGUUUCAUUUAUGGCCCUUGAAGAAGUUCCGAGCAAGUCUGCAUUCAACGGCAUCCACGAGGAGGACAGGGCUAGCCUGGCUGCUGGCGAUGCCUCAGACUGGCAGAGCUCUCUGGCAGCUAAGCUGAAGCUGCAGGAGGAGGUGCUAUGGAAGUGAUAACACUGUCCAAGUCCUGGACCAAGGUAGCAUCGCUGGGUAAGCAGGUCUGAUUGCCCCUGUGGCUCAGAGGUCCUAAGUUGUAGCCACCAUGAUGGAUGAUGACACUGAGUUGAGGACUGAUGGAAACUCCCUCUUAAAGGCUGUAUGGUUAGGGAGGCUCCGGCUGACCAGACUCCUCUUGGAAGGGGGAGCUUAUAUCAAUGAGAGCAACGACAAAGGUGAAACAGCUCUCAUGGUGGCAUGCAUUACCAAGCAUGUGGACCAGCAAAGCAUUAGCAAGUCUAAGAUGGUGAAGUAUCUGUUGGACAAUAGGGCAGACCCCAAUAUCCAGGAUAAGUCUGGCAAGACUGCACUCAUCCAUGCUUGCAUCAGAAGAGCUGGAGGAGAAGUGGUGUCCUUACUGCUGGAGAAUGGAGCAGACCCCAGUCUUGAGGAUCGCACUGGGGCUUCAGCCCUUGUUUAUGCAAUAAAUGCGGAUGACAAGGACGCACUGAAGCAUCUUCUUGAUGCCUGCAAAGCAAAAGGUAAGGAAGUGAUUAUUAUAACAACAGACAAAUCGUCUUCAGGCACAAAAACCACCAAGCAGUAUCUCAAUGUCCCUCCAUCACCCAAAGUGGAAGACAGACAGUCACCACCACUGUGUGCAUCUCCUUCUGACAUUGAACUGAAGGCUCCUGGUUUAGGUUCUUCACCCAGUGAGAAGGAUGAUGAUUUCUUCAUCCUCCAAACAGGACACCAAAAUGGCUGUAGUAGUUCUAAGAUCCUGAAUGAGUCUGGAUCACCCACCAGGAAAGUGCCUAGCCUUAAAAGGGCCCGUUUGCCCCAACUGAAGAGGCUCCAGUCUGAACCCUGGGGCUUGAUUGCUCCCUCUGUGCUGGCAGCCUCCACACACCAGGACGAAAGCCAUGGCACAAGCACAGACAAUGAGGUCAUCAGGAGCAUCAGUGACAUGCCCUUCCCUAGAAGGGGGUCCCUUUCCAGAACCAACAGCAUUGACAGUAAAGACUCCACUCUCUUCCCCACAGUACAGGAACAAGUUCUGAAGAUUCCAGCUUCGGCACCAGCUACCUGGAAAGCAGCUUAUGAGAAAGCCCAGGCUCCCCACCCACGCCUGGCCAGGAGAGGAACACUUCCUGUUGACCAAGAGAAGGGUGGGAUGUGUCCACCAGGACCAUCAGCUCUGAAAGAUUCAGCAUCUCUCAAGCUGUUGGAAAAUGACCUCUAUGACUUAGACGUACCGCCAGGGGCUGACCCACCCAACUCCAUGUCCCUUGAGUCAGGCAAAGGACAUUUGGACAGAAAGAAGCUCAACAGCUCCCACUUGUCCCUUUUCCAUGGCUCUCGGGAGUGCCUGGACACUGUACCCAGCACAUCUCCCAGCUCAGUGCGCCGCAGGCCCCCUCAUCUUCUAGAAAGAAGAGGUUCAGGAACUCUCUUACUAGACCGCAUUGCUCACACGAGGCCUGGCUUUCUUCCCCCUUUAAAUGUGAGUUCAAACCCACCUAUCCCAGAUAUCAGAGCCAGUAGCAAACCACCUUCUCCACUUGCUGGAGGCUUAAAGUCUAUGCUUCCUGUUGCUCCAAAUUCACCAAAGAGAGUUGACUUGAGAAGUAAAAAGAAACUCCUUCGAAGGCAUUCUAUGCAGAUUGAACAGAUGAAGCAGCUAUCUGACUUUGAAGAAAUCAUGACCUAGAACCCCUUAGAAACAGUUCUCCCACCUCCAGUCCAUAGAAUAAGGAAGAAACCAAACCUAGAACAACACAGCCACACAGCCCCUCUUCUUCCCAAUCAUGGUGUGUGGCAACUUCAGAAAGCAUGGUGACUGACAGGUGCCGCUUCACUUCUGAGACAAACCCAAGGGUUAUUUCAGAGUGCCACUUCUGAGAUGACCCCUGGGUGCUGCUGCUGCUGCUGUUGUUACUAUUUUACACACCAAAAAGAGCUCAGGAUAAUUGGGUUGUGGAGAUGAAGGUACAGGAGGGAAAAAGUAAUUCUCCAAAGGAAACACACCUUUGCAGUUGGAAGGUAACCACACAAAUGUAAUGGUUGGUAUUUUCUGCCAGAAAAGCACAGACCAUGAAUUUAAAACAUGAGAGUGUAUUCAGGACAUGUCGUUAGUAGUCUAUAAAGUGCCUAAAAAAGAAAACAAAGCUUUCAUGCUUUUCUAGGAUGUGGAAGAGCUCAAAAACACCCACCCCUAACUACUGUAUCUGAAUACCUAAGUUUUCUACAUGGCAAAGGAGAAGCAGAGUAUUCCUCAUGGAAGAGGUUUUGACAUGUGGGUCUCACCUCUUGCUGUACUUGAGCAUUGUUGAAAAUGGUAGGGGCCAUUCAGAUUGUCUACUAAUGUAUUUUGUUCACAUACUAAUGUGAAUGUGUGUAAAUCCUCAAAUAUCACAACUCUGAUGUGUUACAGUUGCCAGUAAUUCAGAGUUGAGCUUUCUUCCAGAAAUGAAUCCAGAGACACCACACAGGAUCCAUGUUGAAACAGUAUGGAACACUCCCUUAAAAAAAAAUAAUUAACUGAGCUGGACUCAAAGGUGAUGUAAUUGACCCAACAGACCUUUACAAAUGCCUCCUGAUUAUCUUUAAGACAGUUUGGGGAGGUUUAUGGAAAGCAUAAUGAUAAAUCACCAUAGGAUAUGUACAGAUUAAAUGGGACAGUGGGUGGCUUUCCAGCUGGAAGCAGCAGGAACCAGUUCAAUUUUUAAAGCCUGAACAUUUAAUGGGGUGAAAACCAUCAUUUCCUCUUCAAUGAUCUGAGUAAUUUGAGGGCAAUCUGGUUUCUUCUUUACCUGUAUUAUCUAGGUGAUGGAGGAUUUAUAUAAAUCACCUCUACAAUUCUUCAAGGUUUGAGCAAACUCAUAAAGGAAGAGAUGUAGCACAUUUGGCAUAAUGUAGCUACAUUGUAAGUGAGGUGUUAGAGUCCUAGUUUUCCCCCUUUUUAUUUUUCCUCUUUUGUGGGAUGAGGUGCAUUUGUUCAAUGGUUAAGAAACUCAGGCUGUCCCCAUGGAUGGCAUCAUGCAGAAGAACAAUCAAGGCUCUGUCUGCAUCUGAUGGAUCAGGGUUUUCAUUUUUCAAGUGUUUGAUUUUAGGGAAGUAUCGAUGCUACUUUGAGCCUCUGUUCCCUCAGCUGUGCAACGGGAGUCACAGUGUGCAUAAAGCUGUGCUAAGGAUUAAACCAUGCAGCAGAUAGAAGCAUCAGAUUUUGCAUGUGGUAUGAGUACAAAUCAUUAGAUGAGAGGCAGCUACUCUUAUUUAUUUCUUGAGAUCCUGGAAGUCUCAAAAAUAUCAGGCAGUAAGUGAAGCCCUAUACAAAACAGAGUAUAACCAAAAGAUUACAAGCAUAACCAAAAGAUUCAAGUGUCUCUAUGAGACCCUCAGUGAUUGUAUAAAUACCAAUUCCUAAAAACUCAUUUGUCACAUAAACAAUUGCCACAAAAGCUCUAUAUCUUACAUAAUUUCUCUAAGGUCAUAUGAUGGAAAUUUAUCUACAUUUAUAUUCCAAAACAGUUGUUAGUAAUACUUAUAAACAAAACAAAAUGUUAUUUUUUUUCAAAAAAAUUGAUUCUUUUAAGGCAAGUGCUUACUGGAUCUCAGUGCUUUUCACAUUUGGGGCUGGUAACUGUUAUGGGACGUAUGUUCUGGGCAUUUUGGAAUAAACAGCAAUAUCUCUGGCACUACUUAGUAGAUGACAUUCUGACACCCAAGUUAUGACAACCAGAAAGACUCUAGACAUGUCCAGAUAUUUCCUGGCAACUCACCAACGUUCUAAAGAAAUACUGUAUGUGGUAGAAAUUUGUUAUAAAGGACAAAGUGAAUUGGAGAUGUAGCCUUCAAAACUCUUAGAAAAUUUACACAAAAAGGAGUAUUAAAGGUCUUGUACUUUGCAGGAAAGGAAGCAUAUUAGAAGAAGAGCACAUACAGUGUGAAGAUCAGGGCUCAUGAACUGGAUUUAGUGUGGGAAAGCCAUUUGCUUUUCAGAACUGUUCAGUAGUUCUCACUAAGUAGAUGUGAUCACAAGCAAAUAACAACUCUCAAUGCAUUAAAGAAAGAAUCAUAAAGAUGACCCUGCUUUCAUCAUGCCAACACACACACACACACACACACACACACACACACACACACACACCCCACUGCACAUCUCUAAUACAUUUAAAACUAUGAUUAGUGCCAAUUGGAAAUAACUUCUGCUAGUAGUAUCUAACUGUGAGGAUAAAAAGACAACUGCAGAAGAAAAUUUCCUAAGGCUUUAGCUAAGAUUUGGUAACCUAAUUUAUCCUAAGUAGUCAACUGUGGUACAUUCAUAUUAGUUAGCUUAAGUGAAAUACCAAAUGAUAAAUUGCUCAUUCAGAGUAGUCGGACCAUUGCACAAAAACAUAAGAUCAGAUAUUUUCAUGCUGGUGUCAUCCAGUUGUGACCUUUCCAUCAGCCUUUCUCUAGGUAGCCAUUAGGACAGCACCAUAUCUCAUCACUUCCUGGUGAUGUAUUAGUCACAUUAGACUGUCCUAAGCUAGUGUAAUGGCCAAAUUACUGCAUCACUGGUCAUGCCUAAUUAAGCAUUCUUGUCCAUUUCAAUGAACUUCACAGAAAUGCUUUUCAAAAAAUGUUUUAGAUUCAUACAUGCUUUCUAGUCAGGGAUUAUCAUUUCCCUUUGGAAAUCUAGUCACUCUGUAAGUUAGCUUCAAAUUAUGUUUUUAAUAAUCUAUCCACUUAGGUUAUAUAAUAUCUAAAUUAUAUUAAAUUUCUAAUAUAAUUUAGAAAGUGAGCCUGAAGUUUAAAGUCUAGAACUUUGGUUUAAUUUCUAGAAAUUCCAAAGCCUUUUUUUUAAAGAUACAAACUAUUGUCAGUUCUCUUAGAAUUUUGUCAGUAAAUGGCACCUUGUACAUUCAGGUUGUAUGUGACCUUCCUGCUUUGUGUGUGUUGGUGCUUCAGAUGUAGCCUGUGCUGCCUAACCUGGUUCUCUGCAGUGCUCUGUCCUAGUCUCAAGCAGAGGAUGUGUACAAACAUGUAUCCAAGUCCAUUCAAGGAAACCAUUUAGAUGUUUCUAGGAUGUCAAUAAAAGAUAUAUUACAAUCCUUUGA